AUGCAAGCGGCGGCCAUGCAGCAGCAGCAGCAGCACCUUAACGCGGCGGCGGGCGGAGGUGGCGGGGUAAACGACCAAGCGCUCGCCCUCCAGGCCAUGCAGCAAAUACAAGCGUUCAAGGCCAUGCAGGAGCAACUCCAGGCUGCCGCCAUGCAGCACGCCCUCGCCCUCCAGCAGCAAGCCGCCCUCACGCAGAUGAUGGGCCGAGCCGGCAACCUCAAGCCCGGCGACUGGUUCUGCCCGUCGUGCACGGAGCUCAACUUUGCGUCGCGGCAGUCGUGCCGUAAGUGCACGGCGCCACGUCCGGCCUUCUCGGACCCCACGAUCGGGACCAAGCCCGGGGACUGGUUUUGCCCCACGUGCCAGGACCUCAACUUUGCCGCCCGCACGGCCUGCCGCCGGUGCAACACCCCGCACCCCGCCGGCCUGGACCCCUCGCUCCGCAUGAUGUACGCCCAGGCCCAGAUCCCCUCCAACGCCAAGCCCGGCGAUUGGCACUGCCCCAGCUGCGCCCAUCUCAACUUUGCAUCGCGCAACUCGUGUCGCCAGUGCAACUCGCCGCGCAGCGCAUCGACCACCGUGCUCGGGGUCAAGCCAGGCGAUUGGUUCUGCCCCAAGUGCAACGACCUGAACUUCGCGUCGCGCACUCAUUGCCGCAAGUGCUCUGCCGCGCGGGAGGGACCACCACAGCAACCUCAGCAGCAGCCGCAGCCUUGA